AUGGCCUGCCUGUCGACCUCCCGGACCCUGGCUGUCCCAGAACAGCUCUCUAAGCAUGCUGACAGUGACGUAGAAAGCACUGUGGCUGCUGAGCACAGCGACAUCGAAACUGUCGAGGAUUCUUGCCCUUCCGAGCUCCCAUCGCCGCGCUCCAGUGGUAUGGCUGACGCAAGCGAUGAGGAGGAGGGCUCAUGCAAUGUGGUCGUGAGGAGCACGUUUAUUGACGUGGAUGACGGUCGAAGCCUCAUGCAACGCUACAGGCAGCUGCGCAGAACUAUGACUGAUUCGGUCUUCCUGGGAGCGUGGAACUUUGCAGAAGAGGAGGCCUAUGAGCCUGGUAGGUUCAGUGAUGAACGUGCCAAGGCGGAGGCAACGGCCCCAAGCGCUCCCAGCACGCCUCCGUGCAGCACGCCUCCGUGCACUCCGCCCAGUACGCCUGAGGCAAAGCCUGUGCAAGUUGCCAAAGCAAGCAAGGAGGCUAAGCAAGCUGAGCGCACCACUCUGAUGUUGCGAAAUGUUCCCAACAACUGCACUCGCGAAAUGUUCCUGGGCCUGCUGGAUGAGCAUGGCUUUGCCGGGCGCUAUGACUUCGUGUACUUGCCCUGUGACUUCUACCGCCAGGCCAACCUCGGAUAUGCUUUCGUAAACCUGGUGGACUCCGCAGCCGUGGAUGCCCUCUGGGCGGCCUUCGAUGGCUUCUCCGACUGGCCCCUGCCCACAGCAAAGGUUUGCCAAGUGAGCUGGAGCGGCCCACACCAGGGGUUCAAGGCACACGUGGAGCGUUACAGGAACAGCCCGGUGAUGCACCGCAGCGUGCCUGAUGAGUACAAGCCCGUCAUCUUCAAGAAUGGCGUGCGAAAGAACUUCCCACGACCGACCAAGAAGGUCAAAGCACCGACUGCAGGCCUCUGA